ACCAGCAAGACAUCUCGGCUUGGAAAUUUCAGCUUCCCCCCCACCACACACACACUUCUAGCACCCCCAGCGGGAGAGGAGCUCACCCUUGGCUUUUGAAGCAGCCUUGGACGUCAUAUUGCACCGUUUCUUUCGGGAGGAGAUCCUGGUUUAUUGGAAAUGAGCUUUUUAAUUUCGGUUAUUUCAGAGUAUGUGCUCGAGACGGCGGUGUAAUAGCGUUAGAGCUGUGCUCAUCCGGGCCACUGUGCCGUGACUCCAUUCUUCUUCAUUCACUGAAACUGCCAUAGGAGCUAAAUAGAGAUUAAUUUCUGUGAAAUAGCUAGACACAUGUAUUAUACAUAUUUUUGAUACCCCCACGUCAAGCUGGAACACAAACGGGCAUGUCUAAUCAAGGAGUUAGGAGAAAUGGCCCAGUGAAACUGCGGUUGACAGUGCUGUGUGCGAAGAACUUGUCAAAGAAAGACUUCUUCCUUGUGAAUACAAUCCUCCAUUUUGGCUCCUCCUCCACAGGGCUGCCUGACCCCUUUGCCAAAGUGGUGGUGGACGGCUCGGGGCAAUGCCACUCCACAGACACCGUAAGGAACACGCUGGACCCCAAGUGGAACCAACAUUACGACCUGUACAUUGGGAAGUCUGACUCCAUCACCAUCAGUGUGUGGAACCACAAGAAGAUUCACAAGAAGCAGGGGGCCGGCUUCCUGGGCUGUGUACGCCUUCUCUCCAACGCCAUCAACCGCCUCAAAGACACCGGCUAUCAGAGGCUGGACCUGAACAAGCUGGGCCCCAAUGACAAUGACACAGUGAGAGGCCAGAUCGUUGUGAGUCUACAGUCCAGAGACCGUAUCGGCACAGGAGGCCCCGUGGUGGACUGCAGCCGUCUGUUUGAUAAUGAUUUACCUGACGGCUGGGAGGAGCGGAGAACAGCCUCUGGUCGGAUCCAGUACCUUAACCACAUCACACGCACCACGCAAUGGGAGAGGCCCACCCGGCCGGCGUCUGAGUACUCCAGCCCCUCCGGGCGGCCUCUCAGCUGCGUGGUGGAUGAGAACACUCCGGUCAUGACACCCAACGGGGCGGCCAUCGGUGUGCUGCCCAGCAGUGGCAGUGACGCGCGGGUCCAGGAGAGACGCGUCCGCUCCCAGAGACACAGGAACUACAUGAGCAGGACCCACCUCCACACCCCGCCGGACCUGCCCGAGGGAUACGAGCAGAGAACCACACAGCAGGGCCAGGUGUACUUCCUCCACACCCAGACGGGCGUCAGCACAUGGCACGACCCCCGAGUGCCCAGGGAUCUGAGCAACGUCAACUGUGAGGAGCUGGGUCCUCUGCCGCCGGGCUGGGAGAUCCGCAACACGGCAACGGGGCGCGUCUACUUUGUGGACCACAACAACCGAACCACGCAGUUCACCGACCCGCGCCUCUCCGCCAACCUCCACCUGGUCCUCAAUCCAAACCCCCCUGGUCCAAACAGCCCUGGUCCAAACGGUCCUAGUCCAAACGGUUCCCGUGUGGCCAUGGAGAGCCAGAGCCAGAACACUAACCUCAGUAGUCGUCAGUCGAAUCAGUUGAAGGAGCAGCAGCCCCCCGCGCAGGUCCCGGCGUUGUCCCCGGCCCAGCUCCCCGAGGAGGCCGAGUGCCUCACCGUGCCCAAGUACAAGAGGGACCUGGUCCAGAAGCUCAAGAUCCUCCGGCAGGAGCUGUCCAAUCAGCAGCCCCAGGCAGGCCACUGUCGCAUCGAGGUCUGCCGCGAGGAGAUCUUUGAGGAGUCGUACCGCCAGGUGAUGAAGAUGCGUCCCAAGGACCUGUGGAAGAGACUGAUGGUCAAGUUCAGAGGAGAGGAGGGCCUGGACUACGGAGGAGUGGCCAGGGAGUGGCUGUACCUGCUGUCCCAUGAGAUGUUGAACCCCUACUACGGCCUGUUCCAGUACUCCAGAGACGACAUCUACACCCUGCAGAUCAACCCAGACAGCGCCGUCAACCCGGAGCACCUGUCCUACUUCCACUUUGUGGGUCGUAUCAUGGGCAUGGCGGUGUUCCACGGCCACUACAUAGACGGGGGCUUCACCCUGCCCUUCUACAAACAGCUGCUGGGGAAACCCAUCACCCUGGACGACAUGGAGUCAGUGGACCCGGACCUCCACAACAGCCUGGUCUGGAUCCUGGACAACGACAUCACGGGGGUGCUGGACCAUACGUUCUGUGUGGAGCACAAUGCCUACGGCGAGAUCAUCCAGCACGAACUGAAGCCCAACGGCAAGACUGUCUCUGUCUCCGAGGACACCAAGAAGGAGUAUGUCAGGCUGUAUGUGAACUGGCGUUUCCUCCACGGCAUCGAGGCUCAGUUCCUGGCCCUGCAGAAGGGCUUCAACGAGGUCAUCCCCCAGCACCUGCUCAAGUCCUUUGACGAGAAGGAACUAGAGUUGAUAGUGUGUGGCCUGGGGAAGAUCGACAUAGCGGACUGGAAGAGCAACACACGUCUGAAGCACUGCACCACGGACAGCAACGUGGUCAAGUGGUUCUGGAAGGCCGUGGAGUCCUACGACGAGGAGAGGAGGGCCAGACUGCUGCAGUUUGUUACCGGGUCAUCUAGAGUCCCACUGCAGGGAUUCAAGGCUUUACAAGGUGCCGCGGGGCCCAGGCUCUUCACCAUCCACCAGAUCGAUGCCAACACCAACAAUCUACCCAAAGCCCACACCUGCUUUAACCGGAUUGACGUUCCCGCCUACGAGCACUAUGACAAGCUGUACGACAAGCUGCUGACAGCCAUCGAGGAGACGUGUGGCUUUGCGGUGGAAUGAGUGACAUCAGUGGGGAAGUGUGUGUGUGUGUGUGUGUGUGUGUGUGUGUCAGCGUGUGUGUAUUUUGUGCAGUCAGCGCAGCAAGACUAUAGACUCUGCUGUCACCACGAGAACCCUGCAACGUUCAGGCACGCCCAUGAGGAUUGUGACCACACCCCUUUCUGCUGCCCAGUUCCCCAGGACAGUAUGGAGACCGACUGCAGAAGGACAGAGACUGAGAGGCAGACCACACGGGAAUCCUCUCCUCUCUCUCACUGCAUUCUUUUUUUUUUCUUUCUUUAAAAAAAAAUAUCACUUCCCUUUUCAGCUGCUACAGAGGAGUGACGAUUACAUACCUUGAAACCCUGUGAGAAUGCCAGCUUUUAUUUAGUUUUUUAAGUUUUCUUUUUGUAAUAGCUUGUAUGUAAUUGGUGGUGAAAGCCACAGAACAACCGGUUUUGUGUUGGACCGGGAGUUUUUCCUGACCGAAGAAAACUCUGGUCCCUAGUAUGUGCGUUCCGUGAAAGCACUUUAUAUUUUCUUUUUUUUGUGGGUCGUCUGGUGCGAUCGAAUGCCAAGGUCCAGACUGCAACGAGAGUAUUUUUGAGAAGUUAUGUUGUCUUUGGCCUGGGGGAGAGAAAUAUGAAGGUCCACACUGAGUAGAUGACUAGGGCCAGGGGGGGGGUUCCUGACCAUGAGCUAACCAGGAGAAACUAGGUCUUACUGAUGACCAAUACAGUCUCACACAGCUAACUUCCUGCCACCUCUUGACAUCAAAAGCUAAUAGACAUGCUAACCUGAACACCUAACCCCGUCCAGCUACACAUGGAGUAGACCUGUUGCGCUUUGGUGAAAGUCAGUUGAACUUAACGCUAAACAUCAUUAUAUCACACUGUACCUUUAAAUCACACCAUAGAAAUUCCUUAUCAAACGCUCAGUGGGUCGUUGUCUAGUGAGUGGAACUCUGUCCCAGGGACCAGGCUAGUUGAAAGCAAUUCAAGGACGAUGUCAGUGUUUUCAAAAGUGACAUCCAACCUAAGAUGGCAGGAUGUUUUUUCCAGUUGCCACUCUAGAGCACUUUACAAACUGAAUGGCGACAAAGGACGUGCUUACUUCAUAUUAAGUUCAAAUGAAUAUACCACGUUUUAUUCCAACCAUACUGCAUUCAAUGGAAAUAUACAGAUAAGAAAGUAUAUCUACCUGUAAUUUUGAGUAUAUAUGUGUACAAAAACAUACCUAUUUUGUAUAUGGCUUGUUCCUCUUUCUAUUCAUGUACAUGCUAGCAUGUUGGUGUUAUCACAGACCUCUGUAUUCUCAGGUGAAGUCAUCUUUCUUUGUGAGGCUGACUUGUGGAAGGGGAGAUGAUCUUCUGGUUAUGGAAGCCGUUGUCAGGUCAAACCCGUGACCCUCUCCUUGAAUGCGAGCUGAGUGCAUAACCUUUAACCUUUUGGCCAAUAAGAGACUGAGGUUGGGCCCAGAGAGUGCUGGAGUUUUUAAGUCUAGAAGGGAUACAGCUUUUGUCAAAAUGGACGUUUCGUAGAAUGAACCUAGCAGGUUAUGAGAAUUAGGUCAAGGUUAGGGUUAGCUAAAAUGCAUAGAAAAAUCACCUUUUGACACGCUGUAUACCAUCUAGACAUGACCCUAAUAGAGCCUCUACCACAACCCUUGCAUGAAUGGACUUUUUUUUUAAACAAUAUUUAUUUGCUAUUAUUUUGUCCCUUCUGAGCAAAAUGUGUGUUGACAUGAGAAAAAUUCUGUUGAAUGUUUUUUUCUAUGCUGCCUGUUUAAUAGCAGUGGACGUGGACUAUGACCAUGGACUGUAUUCACCUGUGUACAUGCAAAAUAAAAUAGACCCAAUCCAGUGUGAUCAAAGGUAAAGCAGAUUCUCUUCAGAAAGACAACUAUCAAGUAUCCUAGAAAUUGUGCUUUUGCACAGUAUAAGAUAUUGUUCAUAUGGUGGAUCACAAGCAACCUUUUAAUUUGACAGAAAAUGAAUAAAAUGCAUUUAAAAAACAUUAUUUUUUUGCACACGCAGACUUGUGUUGCCGUUAUAAUCAGCAACUUCCAUCUAUUUACAAAAUAGUUCAUGGACUGAUUGACUUUUUAUGUAGAUAUAUACGCGUGUAGAUAUGCACACAUAGAGCUCAUGUCCAGUGUGCGCACACAGUACUGUUUUCUGCUAUCUACGUCUAACAUAAUUGACUUUCACUCAGUUUCUAGAUAAUAGAUCAGACCAUAUGGACUGUUGCUUCUUGUAGCAUGCUUUGCCAGCCGAGCCCUGUGACAUUUAGUCGCCGACCGGUGCAAUUUCUCACGUGGUGUAAAACCCACUUUAUUCUGUGUGUAUGUAAGUAUUGUGUGUGUAAAUUAGUUUUCUUUUUGCUAAAUUUGUCUGAAAUUUUAACAUUUUUAUUUCUCAUUUCAGUCUUUUGUAUUUAUUACAGUGUGUUCAUAGUUUUUUCACAUCAGCUGCUCUGUGAGCUUCAACUGACACUGUAAAUAAGAAAAAUAAAAGCGGAAAUUAUAAACCUCUUGUACCCUUGCAGAAAACAAGCAAUAAACUCUAUGCUGUUUGGAACUCACAGCAUAAUGUUUCAUAGAA